GCAAUCGACCGACUACGACAGAAUGUCCCAAAUCAAUCAGCAGUCGGUUGACUACGACAUAUUGUCUAAAAUCAAUCAGCAGGCGACGGCCUACCACGAGACACUUUCUAAGCAGAGGGCCGCAUCAUCCGACUCAGACCACCCUCCCAAGUCCGAAAUCGAACACGCUCCAUCGUCGGACAUCGAACGUCCAAUGUCGGAAAUCGAGCCGGGCUUGUUUUUGGGAGAUGAGGUGAACUCGUACACAGUCUCCGGGUUGGCCAGCAACAACAUCGGCGCCAUUGUUACCAUGUUAAAAGUCAGGCCAAUAUACUGGAGCCAUCCGCAGUAUCGCCCCUUUGUGGAUAUGGACCGCCAUAUGUUCAUCCCCUGCCGGGAUUCAAACACCCAGGACCUCCUCCGCCGGAUGCCCGAUAUUUGUGAUUUUAUUCACCAAAUGCUCCACGGGGAAGAGAGGCAGAGCGUCCUUGUGCACUGUCACAAGGGCAUUUCACGUUCAGCCACGGCGAUUGUGGCCUACCUCAUGCGAACCCAUCGCCAACCGUUGGACGCCGUGCUCGCUUCGGUAAAGGCCAUACGGCCAAUUGUCAGGCCCAACCCCAACUUCAUGGAGCAGCUGGCCGUCUGGGCUGCGGUCGGCUACGAACCCUGGGAAGACGCGGCCAGAACGACCCCCAAGCCCCGGUAUGCCGCCUACCUGGCAGGUUGGCGGGAAAGUGGCGGGUAACCGGCAAUCUGGGUUUGGAAU